AUGGACGCCAUAGCGUGCCGCCAUCAGCGUUACUAUCACUCCGAGUGGGAGUUCCCACAACAGCCUGCUACAACUCCGCAAACCGUCACGCAUCACUGCGCAGGGCAACCUCUCCCGGGGCUUCAGGAUCUCUAUCAUAGAGAUGAUACUCCACACAGGGGGGACGAGCAACAGCAACAGUCGAUGGACUACGCCGCCGCGGCAUCGGACACGUCCGCAUCGUUAGCGCCAAUAUCGCCGUUUCCGCCGUAUGCGCCGUUUCCACCGUUUGCGCCGCCGUUUCUGCCGAAGGUGCUUUCUGCCUGCUCCGCGCAAUCUCCCCGCGCCACCCCCGCCGGCGCAGAGUCCGCCUCCUUUCGCCGCGGGGACGCGCCGAAGACUGCGCACCGCCGCGCUCGUUCCGCCUCUGGCGCGUGCGGAAUGCGCAACUUGCUCCCCUCGCCUGCCCGCGGGGAUGCACCUUCCCCCGCGGCGACAAACCCGCCGCCGUGCGCGCUCCACCAUGCGCGUUCCGCCUCUGACUGCGAGAUGCUCUCUACUAGCACCUCAGGCAAAGCCGGACUCGCAGGAGGUGGCACCUCAGGCGAAGCUGAGCUCACAGGAGGUGGCGCCUCAGGCAGCAUCACAUGUAACCUCACGAGCGGCACCACAUCGAACCUCACAGGCGGCACCAACUGUCCUCAGUGCCCGUGCAGUCAGCAGCAGCACCCUCGUUUCUCCCACUUGCCCUGCCUCAUCCCCUGCUGCGAGGAACUACAGCAACAGCAGAAGCAGCAGCGCUCCUUCCUCUCCUCGUUCCCCUCUAUCAUGCAUUAG